GUGGGGUGGUCUUCGCCCAUCGCCUCUACCCCAUCUUCGUUUUCGCAUGUGGCGCAGUCAUGGCAGGUGCCUUGACCUUCUUCUGUCGUACUUCACUGGACCUGACACAUUCGCCCACUGCGUUGAUCGGUUUUAUGAUGUUGGUGUCAGUUUUUGGAGGACUUCUGCUACAACAGAGCCGCAUCUUCUCGUAUCGUGUGCUGACACCGAUCUUGGGCGGACUGCUGAUGUCUGCCACGCUUCGAUUCUUUAUUAUCGCUGCAUUGACCAAAGCAUCUGUGACCUGGUUGAGCUUCACUCAUUUUCCCCUUCGACCUGCUUAUGUGGUGACAGAUCCCCUGGAAGUCUUCUUUGUGGUGGCUUGGGGCGUUUGCGCCUGCAUGGGCUGGUAUUCGCAGCUCAUCUCUGUCAUUGCGGGGGUGGAUCCUUUGGCACUUCCUGAGCACCUGUCACUGAGACUCCAGAGGAUGAACACGUGGUUCCCAUGGAUUUUUGACGGUGGCGAGGAGUUUGCUUCCGACAUUAUGCCAAGCUUGAGGCAGGAGAGAGAGCCAUUCCUCCCCAAGCCGGAGGAGGAACCGGCAGAAACCAAGCCUGACUACAGGCCAGAAGCCUUGAUCCUCUUGAUGGUCUUCAGUGUGUUGCUGUUGAACUUCCUGAUGAUGAGCAAACCCCUCCUUUUCCUUGGACAUGUGCUCAUGAUGUCAGCUGCCUUCCAGGUUUUUAUGACGGCAGCCCUCACCAGCUACAUCUCACCUCAGCGUGUGCUGCUGGGCCUUCGUGGCUCCCCACUGCUGCGGCAUUUCACACACGGCAGCUUCAACGUUUUGGUCUUACUCUUUGCCAUCGGUGGAUAUCUCAGCAUGUACGCGCGACAGGUGGAGCAUGAGGAGUCGCAACUGGGCUUCAACAAUCCCAGCGUUAUGAGGAUUGCGCAUGUUUGGACUGGAUAUGUCACAAUGGCGUUGCUGUUUGUCAUGUGCUUCAGCGGUGCAGUGAAGAUGGUCGCAGGUUUGACGACCGGUUCCAGUGAUGAUGUGGCGAAGUUCCACAGCCAUUUGGGCCGCAGCCUCUAUGGCUUCGCUGCUGUAAAUCAGCUCUGCUCGUAUUUUAUGCCUGGCAUGCUGCCACUCUGGGCGUCUCUGCUUCUCAGUGCAGUGCUGGCGCUGGCCGUGUCUGCAACGCUGUAUCUUUUGAUCACGCGCGAUGCGGAGACGGUGCAACGGAUGAGGAGGUUUGGGGAUGAGCGGGCUGCGUCAGACUUGCCAGUCCUGAUGAACAGCUAUGCGCCAGUCCCAAAGAUCAGCACGUCCUGCAGCAGCAACACCACGCGCUUGGAGAGUCUCCGCAGCUACGCCAACUCCUCCCACCGAAGUUCCGGACCAGGCUUGGCGUCGGGCUCGAGUCGGCAAAGCGGCGACUUUGAGCCCUUCUUGGCAUCGCUGGAGGCAGAGGAGUCCAAGGUCCUGAUAUCUCGUACCUUCGUGGAUUGGCACAGGCAGAGUCAAGCUACGAGGAUUGCAAAAGCGCAAGCUGAACUGCGGGGGAGUAACAACUUGAUCGACUUUUUGUCCUCAGCCCUGGUGGCACGUCAACCAACCGGACCUUGAGGACAUGCCUACCUUUCUGGGCGAAGGGCCCUGGAUCUGGAGAUAUUUUUGUAUGGGGCCAGUGGAAAUAAAGUCAU